CUAACUCUAUUUCAGUUUUUCUUCCCCAAAAACUGUAGCAUAUUCACUCAAGCAAGACUUUUCUCAAAGUCAUUCCCUCUCUUCUCCAAACAUGAAAAGAAUGGAUUUUUUCUGUUCUUCUCCAGCUUCCACAGCCAUCUGCUCUAGCGUGGACCAUCGUUCCAUGGUCCGCCGUGGCCAUAGGCCUAUCGACCGUCAAAAUUCUAAGCCCUACGCACCUUGUUCAUCACAGUUGCCUGUAAUCCCUAGGCCUUACCAUGAAAAGAAUAGAAAGAGCUCUGUCAAACCAAGUGAUGUACGUCGAAAAAGCUCUGCUGAUACUCAUGAUCUAAAUAGUCCUCCUGGUUCCUCUAGGUAUCUACUAAGUGAUAGACCCUUUAUUGAUUGGUUAUCAGAAUCUGAUCGUGUCUCAGCAUUGGUUCCUGCUCAGCCUGCAAAGCCUAAGCAUGUAAGCUCCAACGAUUCUCCCGCUUUGAAGUCUUCUUCAUCGGCUCGGUCGUCUAGCGACCAGGUGGUGGUUUUAAGGGUGUCAAUCCAUUGCAAAGGAUGUGAAGGAAAAGUAAGAAAGCAUAUCUCCAAAAUGGAAGGUGUGACAUCAUUCAGCAUAGAUUUGGCCACAAAGAAAGUGACAGUAAUUGGGGAUGUAACUCCCUCAAGCGUGCUAGCAAGCGUGUCCAGGGUGAAGAAUGCACAGCUCUGGCCAUCUACAACAUCAUCAUCCUCUCCAUCUUCCCCAGUGGUGAAAAUGAGUCACUGAUUACCCAAAAAAAAAAAAAGGGUUUUGUUCUUUCUUUUCCAAAUGUAGCAGUAGAGUGUGAACAUUGACAUAGCAGUAGUUUAUGUAAUGUAAAUUUUAAUUAAUGUAAGCUUUUUUGGGGAUUGUUGCCAUAA